AGUUGCAGAGUCUUUUCAGACUGGAGUAGUUGGUUUGAGAAACAGCUACCAAGUAAUAACAAAAUUAAUGAAUUUACUAACGGACAUUUAUUCGCAUCGCGAAGUAAUUUAUUAAUCGGCAUACUAAAGCUGUAAUCUACCUGAGGUUUUAGCGUGGUAAAUGGAGGAGAAGAAGAAAGACGGAGACCCGGAGAUUCAGGAACACGGACCCGAACAUUGGUUCUCAAAAUGGGAGCGGCAGUGUUUGGCCGAAGCCGAGCAAAGGGAGUCGAACGAGGAGGAGGCCGAUAACGACCAGGAUAAAUUGUGGCAUCUCUUCCAGAAUUCCGCCACUGCUGUGGCUCAGCUCUACAAAGACCGAGUAUGUCACCAACAGGGGGGGCUUUCUUUGUGGGUGCCGUUUCAAAACGCUGCCACAGCCGUAACCAACCUGUACAAAGAGUCUGUGGAGGCUCACCAGCGUAGCUACGACCUGGGUUUACAGAUCAGCCACCAGCGUCGCAACAAGGAUGUGCUGGCCUGGGUGAAGAAAAGGAGGAGAACCAUCCGGCGGGAGGACCUCAUCAGCUUCCUGUGUGGCCGGGCCCCACCCCACCGGAGCUCCAGAGCCACCCUCACCCCAGGACACAGACUGACCAUGGUUUCCCCUAACCGGCCUCCCCCGGCCCCAGAGACUGACUCCUCUGUGGAGGCUGACCUCCAGCCCUUCAGAGAGGCCAUCGCACUGCAUGGUCUAAGUGGGGCUAUGGCCAGCAUCAGUGUCCGUUCCGGUACCCCAGGCUCUCCUACCCACGUGGGGGGUGCUGCUGGCGGUGGGGGUGGGUCGACCCCGGUGGGGCGUCGGCGUAACGGCCUUAACGAUGUGGACCUGAACACUUUCAUCGCCGACGAAAUGGCCCUGCACCUGGACGCUAACCCCAGGAAACGCAGCUCCGCCCAGUGCAAUGAUGUCAUAACAGACUCCCCCACCCAUAAACGCAACCGGAUGAUCUGAUUGGCUUGCGGCCCAGCCCCAGGGAGGGCUAAGAGCCCUUUGUGGGAGGGGGCGUGUUCUUGAGACAGACAGACUGACUGAAGGAUUUAUGGCUGUGGAGUGAACCGGCGUUGAGGACUGAGGAGGCCUUCCAUUUAGUUGAGUGGGUGGUGGUCUCCUGUCCUUGCCUCCUUUCCUAGUUGAGAGCACUGGUCUAAAAUGAAAGCAUGCGUGUUGGAAACCUGUCAUCAAUCCUUCACAACCCCAUUAGGCUGCAUUUACACAGGCAGCCUAAUUCAGAUCUUUUUCCACUAAUUGGUCUUUUGACCAAUCAGAUCAGUUAUUUUGCCAAUAAUUGGGCAAAAGAACAGAAUUGGGCUGCCUGUGUACAUGCAGCCUUAGUGAUCAGCGCUCGUGACCGAGAGGAUGCGAGGACAGAAAGGCAUCAAGGAGGUUGGGACGCAGCCCCCUUUCAGAGGAGAAAUGCACUGUGCUGAUUUGAAAUAAAUAAAAAAAAAAAGCCACUUGAUCCUCUACACUUGUCGCCCCCCUCUCUCCUCACCCAUCCUCCCUUCCUAAUGAAACGAGGGUCAUGGAAAACAUCUGUCUUACUCCGUGAACUAGAGAAUGGUUGAUGCCGGAAGUAGUUCUGUUUUUAGAGACAUCUCAUUUCUUUCUGUUAUUCAUCAUCCAUCCUCCCCGGAGCUUCCCCGUCAGGUGACCCAAAUGACCCCCUACUAUAUUACCACAUAGGACCCUGUUCAAAAGUGGUGCACUAUAUAGGGGAUAGGGUGUUAUCUGGGAGCAGCCCCGCUGUCUCCUGAUGGUUGAUUUCCCCCCAAUAGCAGGCUGUUGAUGUUUUGAUUAUGUAGGCUACCUUCUGUCUGACAACUGUGCUUCAACGGUCAUGUUAAGUUUGAGUUGCAAGUGCAACCACCCCGCAUGGUAAGCGUCCCAAAUCGCACACUAUUCCCUAUAUAAAGUGCCCUAAUAGGGCACUCUGGUCAAAAGUAGUGCACCAUGUAGGGAAGAGGGUGCGAUUUGGAGCACUAAGCCCAGUGUUCAUUUUCAGGUUACAAUGCCUCUGCUACAGUUAGUUCAUUUAUUCAGUACCUUGUUUUUUGUGUUGGGUUAUUUAAAAGUUCAGGAACCACUCAGUGAGACCUACUGCUUGGAUAAUAUCUGACUGUUACCAGACUAACCCCCCAGUCAGUGAUGUAGUGUGAAAACAAAUAGGAAGGUGAACUCUGAUCCCAGUGAGUAAAGUAACACUCCCUGUACUUUCAAUGCGUUUCUCUGCUGAAGGUGUGACCGGUAAACGCUCAAGCAACCAAGUGUGAGCGGCCGUUAACCUGUGUUUCUCCUCUUCCAUUCUGUAGCUGCUGCUGUCCUGUGGGGUUUUUAGAUGAUCAUAUUACCAGAGGCUGUCCUGUGGGGUUUUGUGAUGAUCAUAUUACCAGAGGCUGUCCUGUGGGGUUUUGUGAUGAUCAUAUUACCAGAGGCUGUCCUGUGGGGUUUUGUGAUGAUCAUAUUACCAGAGGCUGUCCUGUGGGGUUUUGUGAUGAUCAUAUUACCAGAGGCUGUUCUGUGGGGUUUUGUGAUGAUCAUAUUACCAGAGGCUGUUCUGUGGGGUUUUGUGAUGAUCAUAUUACCAGAGGCUGUCCUGUGGGGUUUUGUGAUGAUCAUAUUACCAGAGGCUGUCCUGUGGGGUUGUGAUGAUCAUAUUACCAGAGGCUGUCCUGUGGGGUUUUGUGAUGAUCAUAUUACCAGAGGCUGUUCUGUGGGGUUUUGUGAUGAUCAUAUUACCAGAGGCUGUCCUGUGGGGUUUUGUGAUGAUCAUAUUACCAGAGGCUGUCCUGUGGGGUUGUGUGAUGAUCAUAUUACCAGAGGCUGUCCUGUGGGGUUGUGUGAUGAUCAUAUUACCAGAGGCUGUCCUGUGGGGUUGUGUGAUGAUCAUAUUACCAGAGGCUGUCCUGUGGGGUUGUGUGAUGAUCAUAUUACCAGAGGCUGUCCUGUGGGGUUGUGUGAUGAUCAUAUUACCAGAGGCUGUUCUGUGGGGUUGUGAUGAUCAUAUUACCAGAGGCUGUUCUGUGGGGUUGUGAUGAUCAUAUUACCAGAGGCUGUCCUGUGGGGUUGUGUGAUGAUCAUAUUACCAGAGGCUGUCCUGUGGGGUUGUGAUGAUCAUAUUACCAGAGGCUGUCCUGUGGGGUUGUGUGAUGAUCAUAUUACCAGAGGCUGUCCUGUGGGGUUGUGUGAUGAUCAUAUUACCAGAGGCUGUCCUGUGGGGUUGUGAUGAUCAUAUCACCAGAGGCUGUCCUGUGGGGUUUUGUGAUGAUCAUAUUACCAGAGGCUGUCCUGUGGGGUUGUGAUGAUCAUAUUACCAGAGGCUGUUCUGUGGGGUUGUGUGAUAACCAUAUUACCAGAGGCUGUCCUGUGGGGUUUUGUGAUGAUCAUAUUACCAGAGGCUGUUCUGUGGGGUUGUGUGAUGAUCAUAUUACCAGAGGCUGUCAUGUGGGGUUGUGUGAUGAUCAUAUUACCAGAGGCUGUUCUGUGGGGUUGUGUGAUGAUCAUAUUACCAGAGGCUGUCAUGUGGGGUUGUGUGAUGAUCAUAUUACCAGAGGCUGUUCUGUGGGGUUUUGUGAUGAUCAUAUUACCAGAGGCUGUCAUGUGGGGUUGUGUGAUGAUCAUAUUACCAGAGGCUGUUCUGUGGGGUUUUGUGAUGAUCAUAAUACCAGAGGCUGUCCUGUGGGGUUUUGUGAUGAUCAUAAUACCAGAGGCUGUUCUGUGGGGUUGUGUGAACCAUAUUACCAGAGUUGCAAUAAGGAUGUUGCACUUAAGCUUCUUUCACAUCUAAACUCAUGCAAGUUGAUCUUCCAUUGGAACCAACCAGGCAGUCGACCUAAGGUAUUCAAUCAAACACCACCACCUUUACCUCCCCACCCCCUGGAAACUGGGCGGUGUUCAUCUGCCACCAAACGGAAGAGGAACCGACUUUAAUGUUUUGCUACGGCGUGCCGUAAUGAACGUGCCCCAAACCAGAAGAGAAACUCUUUGUUUUGUUUGUUAGUUUUAAGUUGCCAAACGUUUUGCUAUGCUGUGCCGUACUGAACACCACCCAGAUGAAGAGACGUGGGAGGAGCGAAGGUGGACCUCCCGGAAACAAACUAUCACAGAAUUGUUCUUUCAGUUGCCGAGGGCCUAACAUCCCAAUGUCCACGCGACUGUUUAGUAUGCCGUAUGCGUGGCCAAUCCAGGGCAUCGCUCCGAUACUGACAAGACAUAUUGUCUUCUAAUGGGUGUGCAUUAAUGAGUUGAUGUGAAAAGCUGCAGUUGGCUGACUAUUAAAACUGAAGGGGAUAGUUUACCCGAAUUAUAAAAUGCCACUGGUUUCCGUACCCUGUAUAGACAAGGAAUACAGCAAUCCAUGCUUUGGUUUAGUUUACCUGUGCUGCGUUUUAGUACAUAAAAAAACGUAAUAGAAUGUUCCAUUGAACUGAGACAGUGCUGUACCAGUUUCCAGUUGAAAAACGGGGAGUGUUUUGGUUGUGGGUUCAAAAUCCCCUGCUGCCCUUUAAAUACGUGACUCAUUGCUUCAAGCCACACCCCGGCACACCCAACGAACGCAGUAAACCUAUCGCAAAGUCUGUUCAAGAACGUAAAAGUACAGUACAAACCGUUCCACAACGCCGGAAACGUUCAAGUGAACUGAACUCCCCACUGGCCGUGGUCUCCAAAUGCUAACUUUUGUAGCAUUUUUGUCCAAACCCAAUGCAAGCAAGUCAUUAUCCCUGAUAUUAGCAUUUUUCACAUUUCAUGUCGGGAGAGAGUUUGUAAUUUGGGUGAACUAUCCUUUUAAUGACACAGAUUGAGGUUGUACCUAGGCUCUGAUCUAGGAUCAGCUAACAUUAACCACAGUUUUAACCCUAAUACAGGGCUCUACAGUGCCACCAUUUUACUUGCAUAUGCGCCUAAAUAUUUUGCUGUGCGACCUGGAUUAUUUUUAUUUAGGAGCACCAGUGAGCAUAUAAAAUAAAAUAAAUAAAAGGAUUCUAGCUUCAUUACCUAAAAUAUUUUCGAUUGUGCUCCUACAUUUCUUUGUGUUCGCCUACAUUUUUCAACUUAAGCGCAUACGUGCUCCUUGUAAAAAAAAGGUCAGCUUAGAGCCCUGGCUUAACCAAUAGGAGGUCAGAAAGCAGGACCUGUAUUCACAAAGUCGAUCAGAGUAGGAGUACUGAUCUAGGAUCAGUUUGAUUCUAGAGACUGGGGGGCGUCUGAUCGUACAUCAACACUCAUGCUCUGAGACACGUUGUGAAUACACAACCUGAUCAGAGAUCAGUUCUUAGGGACACUUCAUCCUAUCCUGGUUGCUUAGUCAAACCAAGAGGGAGCACAGUUAGUGUGUGUUCCAAAUGUCACACUAUUCUCUGCAGCGAACGACCUUUUGACCAGGGCCCGUGGGGAGGUAGAUAUGGUCGUAGAGACAUUUGGGACGUAGGUAUGGGGUGGUCGCGCCCCAAUAAUAUCUCCUUUCUCUUGAAGUGUACACUCGUUCACUCCCUUCCCACAAAAAUAAAAGCAUUGUACUGGUUCGGGUAGUGGGGGUUUCCACCGUAUUUCUGAUUACCAGUCAUUUCCUUUCAAACCAGUGAAGGGAAGUGAA